CUAAUUAGCAGCACAUGCGCAAUCAAAUUAACCUAACUAAAAAGUUACCUGAACUUUUCGCGCUGUUUUCCUUCUUAAAAGUCAUGUGAAAAACAAUAGGGAGGUGUACAGUCGACCGAAUCAACUUUACUCUUUCGGUAUAAUUUUUGAUACUUAUUUUAUCGAUCACAGGUGGAGAAAAAACGAAGUUAAUCUCGAUAGAAUUUGAACUGAAGACGUUGAAGGGACGUAAUCUCAUAUGGCAAUGCCUUAAGUCCAGCAUUUCUUUGCUGUCGUCCGUCAUUCUGUUGCUCGUCGUCACCAUAAUUAUCACUGUUGUAAACAACAUCGAACUCAUAUACUGUUUAUGGAGCGAUGGUGAAACAUAUUUCCCUUACUUUCUAACCUUGUUAUAAAUGUUGUAAAAUUUAGGUUCACACUGUUCACACGAACUAAAGUUACCAACUUUUUUCUCCAUCAAGCAAACGAUAGGAUACAUCUACAAAUCCCAACAAUACUAACAAUAUAUGGUCACCAUGGUUAAUUACCGGUUGAGUUUACUGAUAGUCGCAUCUGCUAUUGCUCUUCCCUGGUUACUAACCACAUUAGGAUGUUGUCCAGACUUCCUUGUUGAUAUUGCUAACUGGUUAAAAGUCACCGAUCUUCUCAGCCAGGUGAAAAAUGUGUGGAGUUUUCCAUAUUCAUUUGGUUCCAAAAAGUCGGAUAACGAUCAUUCAACCCCAGUGUCCGCAUCGCCUCACACUUUAGAUCCAGACAAGCUAGAAGAAACAGCUUCGGGCGUUUUCACAAAGUCCGAACUGUCUAAAUACACAGGUGAACGAGAGUCAGCUCCUAUUUAUCUAGCUGUCUUAGGCCAGGUUUUUGAUGUCAGUUCAGGCAGGAAAUUUUAUGGUCCAGGAAAUCCCUACAGUUUCUUCUCAGGUCGAGAUGCUUCUGGUGCUUUUGUGACUGGAGAUUUCACAGAGAAGGGCUUGACUGAUGACAUUGAGGGCUUUACAGGAAACCAGUUAAUAGGUAUUGGAGAAUGGGUUGACUUUUAUAAAGAAAACUACAAACAUAUCGGCUACGUUUCUGGUAAGUUCUAUACCAAUGAUGGUAAGCCUACAAAAGUCUUGGAAAGAAUCAAUGCAAAGGUUGCAAAAUUUAACAAACAGCAAGAAAUGGAUAAAUUAAGAGCCAGCAGACCACCUUGCAACAUAGAAACAGACCAUAAAACAGGCACCAAAGUGUGGUGCACACAAAAGAGUGGUGGUGUGCUGCGGAAUUGGGUUGGUGUGCCACGUCUGAUGUACAGACCAGGGGACAGCACGCUGUCAUGUGUGUGUGUACAGCUGUCAUCCUUGACUGAACAUGAAAAACGCUCAUCUGCAAUUCGAAGCUACCCAGGGUGUGAACCAACAUCCACGUCUUGUAAAGUCCCCAACAACUUCAACAUGGACACCCUUUUAUAGGCCAGCUAACUCUGAUGGUAGGUGGUUAGUGGCAGUGCAGAGAUAGGAGAAGUGCUAUGGAGACUGGAGUAAAGUCAAAUGGAUUAACAAAGUGAUAAAAGAAGGAAAUGAAGCUGAUCUCUGGCCAUAUGAUCAAAGACAUUCCAGCCAUGACCAUCUCAUAUUUUAUUCAAACAUGGUAUAUCAAGGUGCUGAUGGUUAAAGCUGAUCACCCAGCUCUGUCCAGUAAUGUAUUUAUGUAAACAGAAUUCUAUCUCUUUAUCUUUCUGUUUAUAUCUACAUUUAUAUAUCUCCCAAACUACAUCUUUCUGUGAAUCUAUCUUUUAUUUAUUUGUUUAUUUCUAUUUAUACUUAACUAUUUAUAUUACUAUAUAUAUAUAUCUAUUAUCUCUCCCUCCAACCAUCUCUCUUUCUCUGUGUGUGUAUAUAUAUAUAUAUAUAUAUAUGUGUGUGUGUGUGUGUGUGUGUGUGUGUGUGUGUGUGUGUGU